GGAUAUCCGAAGUUGGCCAAAUUAAUGGGCGAUUCUCCAAGAACCGCCAUAUUUCGGCGGUUCAGGCAGCUCAACAUGCUUCAUCUACUCAGACUCCAGGCAGAACUCCACUCAUUGGAAGAUGAGCUUCUCGAAGUUAUCCAAGAAGACCAACAGUCGGAUGACCCCGAUAAAAAGGACUAUUCGAGAAACUUCUUUUUGCUCAAGCGAUGUGCAGAACAAGGGAAGGAUUUUGAACAGUAUGAACUGUUGCAGCAGAUUGGAGAGAAGCUCAACGAGUACAACACUUCACUCUCGGCCACUGGGGCCGUUCAAAGCCUACCAUCCCCAGAGAAACGUCCCUUGGAGUUUAUCCGCCUGUGGUUGGAAGGUGCUGGCGGCGGGGAGUAUUUUCCGCUUGGAACCGAAAGCACAAUCUGGGAGAUGCAAUCACGAGACGAGUACGUGAGCGUUACCCCCAUAGCUAGCGGCGACAGAAUAUCAUCCUUGGUCCGUGGGAUAUUGUUGGAUAUUUAUCACUUCUUCGCUGAAUCCUUGAAGAAGAUUCAAAGAAGGUUCAACAAGACAAGCCAGUCCUCUACGGCGGCGGUACCGCGCAUACGCAAGUAUGACGAUGAAAGGCUGCAAGCCGUCAGCGACGGUAUAACGGCUGCCCUUGCCUCUCUUCUCCCAACCUUGAUGAUUCUAGUCUUGUAUUUUGUGAAAAGGAUGCUAGUUAGAAUCGGGCUAGUCAUUGUUUUCACUACUAUCUUUUCUGUUGUGAUGUCGUUUUAUCCCGGAGCAAAGAAGGGAGAGGUUUUUGCAGCUGUGGCAGCUUUUGCUGCUGUUGAGGUGGUUUUCAUC